ACACCACGAUUCACGACGCCGAUCUGUCAGUGUCAUCUCUUAGCUCUUGUCUCAUGUGUGUGCUGUAUUUUAAAAUUUUAUUGCAUUGGAUGUAUUUGAGAUAGUGUUGAUUACGAAUUAUAAUUUAACUACUUAGAAACUAAUUACAGAAUUUAAAAUGUAUUUGAGAUAUUUUUUAAACGAGAGUGGAGAUCGCCAGUAUACAUUAGCUACCAUUGAUCCUAGCGGAAAGCCUACAUUAUCUGCACAUCCAGCUCGUUUCUCCCCUGAAGAUAAAUAUUCAAGACAAAGGAUCACUAUUAAAAAGAGGUUUGGUCUGCUGUUGACACAACAACCAGAGCCCAUACAUUAAGAUGCAACAAUCUAAAUAAGUAUUAUUAUAAGUGACUUAAUGCAAAAUAAAUUUAAAAAUUA